AUGGGGGGAGAAGGUGAUUCAUCGAGCACUCAAUCUCUGGAGUUCCAAUCUCUGCAACUUGAUGUUAAAACCUUACAACAGAACAGAGAGCUGGACAGAAAGGAUUUCCUGGAUUUCAGAGAACAUGUAUCAAACAAUUUUCAGUCAGUGCAAAAGACCUUGGGUGAGCUGCAUUCUUGCUUGAAAAAGUUCAUUACUUCAUUUCCCCAAACCAGAUAUGUCCCACCCCCAGUUCUUCAGGAGGCUCCGGAAACAAGCAUCAAUGCGACCCCACAGGGCCCUGCUAAAAAACCUGGAGAGGGCUUGCACACUCCCGAGACAGUAGGAUCCGCGGUUCUAGUGGAUGUCAACACUGGUAAGGAACUGCAGCUGGAUGGAAGUAACAAGCCCCCCUACAGACACCCACAUUUCGCUCAAAAUAGGCCAGUCCAAACUGUGUUGGAAAAUAGAUUGGCUUUGCAAGCUCCACAACCAGUGCAGCCACCCGUUACCCUGCCUCCUCUCCCUCCUAAUGCUCAAGCUGAAGCAGAGGCUCAAUUAGAGCUGCUAAGGAGAAAUGCUCAGGCCAACAGAGAAGUACAGAAUGAUAUCCGAAGACCUCUAGCUCUGGUUAAACCUGCCAAGAUGAACAUUCCUGAAUUUGAUGGAAGUGGCACAGACUCAUGGAUACAAACCAUUGAAAUGUAUUUUGAUGCUGCUAGAACUCCUACGGAAAGUAAAACAGAAAUUGCAGUCACAUACCUCACUGGUCCUGCAAUGGAAUGGUGGAGAGGCACGGGAUUUCAAGCUAACACUCUGCCCUGGUAUAGAUUUUGCAGACAUGUGGGAGAUAGAUUUGCCGAAAAUUCUGUUUGUGAUAAUGUCAGAGCAUUCCAUGCCCUCAAUCAGUCAGGCAGCCUCAAUGAUUACAUCCUCAAAUUUGAACAUCAUAUGAAUCUCAUGAGGAGGGACAAUCCUGCCCUCCCAAAUGACUAUUUCAAAAACAGUUUCAUAGCUGGCUUGCAUGACAGCAUACAACACUAUGUACAGUGUCAUGAACCUGCUGAUUUACAAAGAGCAAUCUGGCUAGCUAGAAGAAUGGAGCAAGCCCAACCCCCAAGAAGGAAUUUUGCUCAGUUCCCUCCCACAGCUGCCGGGAAAUCAUUGGUGCUGGAACAACCCAGAACUAACAUUAAUAACACUCCGGCUGUUAUUCAACAAGCAAGACUCAAGGGUAUCUGCUAUAAAUGCAAGGAGACUUGGUUUCCUAGGCACAAAAAGGUGUGUAAAAUGAGCAACCUAGCUCAAAUUCAGGCCUUGCAAGAACAGAACCCUGAUGAUACUGAUUUGGUCUAUGUCACUGAAAUGUCUGAAGAAAUGGAACAAGACACUGCUGAACCACCUGAUCAACAACAGUUACAAAUUUCCAUGCAUGCCUUAAUGGGAAUCAGCAAUUCCAAAUUCAGUUUUACUGUCACAGUAAUGGUGGGCAAACUCCCUGCUACUGCCCUAAUUGAUAGUGGUAGUUCUGCAACCUUCAUGUCCCCUGCUUUUGCUACUCUGAGCAAGUGCCAUCUUACACCCACUAAGAAAACAAAGGUGCUGGUGGCCAAUGGAGGCACUUUAUGGACUGAAUUCAUGGCCCCAAACUGUCCAUAUAUCAUUCAGGGAGAGGAAUUUGUUUCAGAUUUUAGAAUUCUAAAACUUCAGGGCUAUGACAUUAUCUUGGGAGCUGAUUGGAUGUCCACCCACAACCCUGUGAAGUUAGAUUUUGACCUUAUGGAAUUUCAGAUUACAAAGGACAAACAAAAGUUGGUCACUUUCUCGGAUGAGAGCUUGCCAUCUGGUCCUGUCACUGAAUCUAGCAUGGAUAAGCAUAUAUUGGAGCAAUCAGUUUGUGGGGCAGUCAUUGUUGUAAACAAGCUACAGCCUGAAGCUACACGAAAGCCCCUUGUGCAUCCUCAAAUUAAGGCCAUGAUGGGAAAAUACAAAAAGGUCUUCUCUAGUCCUACUAUGCUGCCCCCUGCUAGGGCUUGUGACCAUGCAAUUCCUUUUAUGCCCGGGGCCAAAGUAGUCAAUCAAAGACCUUAUCGACUGCCACAUCAUCAGAAGAAUGCUAUGGAGACAAUCAUCCAGGACAUGGUCAAUAAGCAAAUAAUUAGGGACAGCUCUAGCCAUUAUUCUUCUCCAGCUAUUCUGAUUAGAAAGAAGGAUCUGUCUUGGAGGCUGUGCAAUGAUUUCAGAAAAGUAAAUUCCCAAACUAUCAAGAACAAAUACCCUAUUCCAGUUAUUGAGGAUUUGCUGGAUGAGCUUCAUAGGGCUACUGUGUUUACCAAAUUGGAUUUGAAGAGUGGUUAUCACCAAAUAAGAAUGAAGGAGGAAGACAUUGAAAAGACUGCUUUCACUACUCAUUGUGGACAUUAUGAAUAUUUGGUCAUGCCUUUCGGCCUAACCAAUGCUCCUGCCACUUUUCAAAUGCUAAUGAACAAAAUCCUCAAGAAAUAUCUCAGAAAAUUUGUUUUGGUUUUCUUUGACGACAUACUGAUAUUCAGUGAAACAUUGGAGGACCAUUUGGCACACUUGGAGGAGGUUUUUAAAACCCUACAGGAAAAUCAACUGGUGGUCAACUUAAGCAAAUGUAUUUUUGCUCAACCUCAGGUGGAGUACCUGGGCCACAUUAUUAGGGGAGAUGGGGUUGCCACAGACCCUGUGAAGAUUGAAGCAAUUACCCAAUGGCCUGCCCCUGAAAAUGUUUCACAAUUGAGAAGUUUCUUGGGCCUCACAGGGUAUUACAGAAGAUUUGUGCAAAAUUAUGGAUAUAUCUGCAAACCCCUUUUCAAUGCCCUUAAGAAGGACAAUUUCCAGUGGUCAAAUGAGCAGCAAGAGGCAUUCAACACCCUAAAAAGUCGACGCACAUGCAUGCUCAACACCAUCUAUGUCUGCUCAUCCUACUUAGAAUCACCUACGCAUGGGAAAUAG